AGAGAUUUGAAGAAUUAAACAGUGGCUCUGCUCUGCUCUGCUGGCCUGCUGCCGUCUCUUUGCUCGGAGAAAGAAGCAUAUCUUCAAUGGCGACGAUGACGACGACAACCUUGGCUGUAACGUCAGCAUCGCGCCAGCAAUUCAGAGUUUUGCGGGGUUUGUGCAUUACAAAUUUUCCGAAAUUUUCCCUGUCUAGCUGUGUUGCACUAAAUGGGAAGUAUCCUGUUGGAAUUAAAUUUGUAUGCAAGAGCCCCUUCAGUAGAUAUUUGGUCAGGCCCAUUUGUGCCCUUGGUUCAGGUUUUCAAACAUCCCUAUCAGAUGACGCUUCCAUAACUGUUAAAGAUUCCGAGAUUACUCUUGUGUCUCAAGAUGAUAAAACGAUACAAGUCAGAGUUGAUUUGACAGGAAAAGACACACAAAUAAUUUUUGAUAAGACUUUGAUAAGGUUGGGUCGUGAAGCACCACCAGUUCCAGGUUUUCGCAAGCAAAAAGGAGGGAAAAUGAAGAUUCCGAAGGAGUUCUUACUAGAGAUGCUAGGUGAAGACCGAGUCACCAAUUUUGUAAUCCAGGAAAUAAUUACCUCAACCGUGGCCAAUUAUGUGACGGAGGAAAAGCUCGUUGUAAAGGACAACAAGGUUACCACCACUCAGACUGCCGAAGAACUCAAAUCAUCGUUUGCACCCGGGAAUGCAUUUGGAUUUGAUGCUAUACUUGAGCUUGAAAAAUCAGCAGCAGACACACUUAACUCAACCACCUGACCUAGGAUACGUGUAAGCUUAUGUGUUCUUUUUGAGGUUCUUCAAGUGGUAAGCUAAGUGUCUUUCAAUUCCAGGCAAUGAGUCAGUCUGAUUCCAUAUCUCUAACCUCUUCAAAUGUACCCAAAAAAAAAUCUCAAAAUUGCAAAUCCUGCAAAAACCAAUGAUUUAUUGCAUAAUAUAAAAGAACAUGGAGAUUUAGCUUGUAUGAUCAUUGUUGUAUCUUCAAGAAAGAACAUCUGAUUUUCUUGCUUA